CAUCAGCAUCAGCCUCUCUCGCCUUCAACGAUAGCCGGAGCCCCUUGUUGACUUACUCGUCUACGGAUACUCGACUAUACUCGACUGUCGCACGCACUCCGACUUCUGGCUCGCUUCCGACCCAAAUCCCGUCCCUCCCUCCAUCUCUCCCUUGAUUCGCUCGUCUGCCGAUUGGAUUGGUUCCAUUGUGCCGCAUCCGUACACAGUACUCUCCGUUCGCGCUGCCUUCCUUGGUCUACGCAGUUCAUAGCUACCCCAAGCCAGCCAGCCUCGUACCGCCGGUCCCUCUCUCUUCUCCCUUUCCCCCGCAACGCACACAUCGCGACGAAGCACCAUCUUCCCUUGGUCAGGGCCCCCAUACUAGCAGCACCAGCCGCGUCAUGUCCGCCAUUAUCGCCCCCGUCUCGGCGCCCGCGCCCGAGCCGCCCGCCAAGCUGGAGAAGAAGCCCAUCAAGUUCUCCAACUUGCUGCUCGGCGCCGGCCUCAACAUGUUCGAGGUCACCACCCUCGGCCAGCCCCUGGAGGUCAUCAAGACCACCAUGGCUGCCAACCGUGGCGACGGCUUCAGCACGGCCCUGGGCCGCAUCUGGAGCCGCGGCGGCAUUUUUGGAUUCUACCAGGGCUUGAUUCCCUGGGCCUGGAUCGAGGCGUCGACCAAGGGCGCCGUGCUGCUCUUUGUCGCGUCCGAGGCCGAGUACUAUGCGCGCGCGGCGGGCGCCAACGACUUCGGCAGCGGCAUCCUGGGCGGCGUGACGGGCGGUGUUGCGCAGGCGUACGCCACCAUGGGCUUCUGCACAUGCAUGAAGACGGUUGAGAUCACCAAGCACAAAGUGGCGGCGGCGGGCCAGAAGGUGCCGGGCACCUGGGCCACCUUCAUGGGCAUCUACCGCCGUGAGGGCAUCCGCGGCAUCAACAAGGGCGUCAACGCCGUGGCCAUCCGCCAGAUGACCAACUGGGGCUCGCGCUUCGGCCUCAGCCGCCUAGCCGAGCAAGGAAUCCGCGACCUGACGGGCAAGAAGGACGGCGAAAAGCUGAGCGCCGUCGAGAAGAUCACGGCCUCGGCCCUCGGCGGCGGCCUCUCGGCCUGGAACCAGCCCAUCGAGGUCAUCCGCGUCGAGAUGCAGAGCAAGAAGGACGACCCCAACCGCCCCAAGAAGAUGACGGUCGGCAACACGUUCAAGUACAUCUACCAGACCAACGGCGUCAAGGGCCUGUACCGCGGCGUCACCCCCCGCAUCGGCCUGGGCGUCUGGCAGACGGUGUGCAUGGUGGCCAUGGGAGACAUGGCAAAGACGUAUGUUGAGAAACUUACCGGUGACAAGGUCACUGCGAAGCAUUAAGCGACGGCGUUUUUUGUUUUUCAGGGGAGAGGGAUAACUAUGUAGGGCAGGAC